AUGCCUGAGCCAGCUAAGUCCGCACCGAAGAAGGGAUCCAAGAAGGCCAUCACCAAGACCGCCAGCAAGGGCGGAAAGAAGCGCAAGGGGUCAAGGAAGGAGAGCUAUGCUAUCUACGUGUACAAAGUCCUGAAGCAGGUUCAUCCCGACACCGGUAUCUCUUCUAAGGCCAUGGGGAUCAUUAACUCUUUCGUUAACGACAUCUCUGAGAGCAUCGCCAGUGAAGCGUCUCGUCUUGCUCAUCAUAACAAGCAAUCCACCAUCUCAUCAAGAGAGAUCCAGACCGCCGUGUGUCUGCUGCUGCCCGGUGAACUGGCCAAACACGCUGUAGCGCGAGGGCACAAAGGCCUCACCAAGUACACCAGCUCCAAGUAA